UGCUCUGAACAACAAAUACACGUGUUUGUACAUCAAGGAACAGAACGUAGAAGGACAGUAAUGACACUUUGAAAUUAUCUUUUUUUGAUAACAUUUUGUAUGAUGCUAGACCUUUUAGGACUAUAUAAUAGUCACGGUGAAAUGUGUCAUACGGAGAAAAGACUCGGAUACCGAGGAGAAGCUACUUGUUGACAGAAGUGGUCUUUGUCUUUCUUUUUCUUUCUUUUUUUUUUUUUUUUUUUUUUUUUUCAACAGACAAGUGUUUACAAUGAAACCUCAGGAUAUUAUCAAGGAAAAAAGUAGCUUAUGGAUAUUUGGAUACGGCUCCUUAGUGUGGAAACCUGAUUUUGCAUACAGAAGAAGUAAAAUCGGUUACAUUAAAGGGUACAAAAGGCGUUUCUGGCAUGGAGAUGACUUCCAUCGAGGAGACAAGGAAAAGCCUGGCAGAGUGGCCACACUGGUGGAGGAUCAAGAGGCCUGCACAUGGGGAGUAGCGUAUGAGGUGACUGACUCCCAGAUAGAGGAGUCCCUUCAGUACCUGAACAUCAGGGAGGUGAAGUUGGGGGGUUAUGUAACAGAAAUGGUGGAGUUCAUCCCCAAGGAAAAAGGGCAGGGUAGCCUGCCCGCCCUCGUGUACAUCGCUACUUCUGACAACCCCAUCUACCUCGGCCCAGCUUCCAGCCAGGAGAUUGCCGCCCAGAUUGCCAUCUGCAGCGGCAAAACUGGCCACAAUAUUGAAUACCUGGUCCGCCUGGCAGAGUUCAUGAGGAUUUACUGUCCAGAAGCAGAGGAUGAUCAUCUCUUUGGAAUUGAAGAGGCUGUUUUGAACUUUGUCCGUGAUGGGAUCAAACCCCCAGAGCAAAAAUCUCUACUAGUAGGAACUACAUAAAAGACUGCAUAAGGCACUCCUCCAUCAUUAAAUCCAACCUUGUGGUGUUUGGAGUCUACCGGUGCUUUGUUGCUAUUUUAAAGGGAAGAUGAGGUUCUGCCACAUAUGUUCUUAUUUUUCCUGGGCUUGUGUGUUCUACACAAACAUAUGAUUUAAUACAAAAUAGAACUGUGCUGAUCUUUUGGAUGAAUAUCAUAUGUUGUAUGGUAUCUUAACCUUACAAAAUCAUCAUUUUCCUAAGUACUAUACUUUUACGCUUUUUAUGUUUUGACUGCAAAGACAGAAUUGUAUUUAUAUAUUUGUUUGCUUUUUACUGUAUGAAAACAACAGAAGAAUGUGAUGCUUUUAAAAAUUCACACUAAAACAUGAUGUCUCACUUGAAAUACAGUGUUUCCAACCUUUGUUGUAAAAGGAAAUCAAAAACUAUUGUUUACUCUUUACAUUUUUAACGUUAUUUUAAUAAAACCUGAAAUCUAUAAGACCU